AUGCUGUCGCAGACUCCGAAACGUUUAGUCGCAGAUCCCUUGGUGGGGGUAGCAGACCUGAUGCAGCCAGUAGAAAAUCUGCUGCAACGAGAGAAAGGGAUCAACCUCGCAAAGUACAUCCAGCCGCCGUCUGGUGUUUCUUGGAAAAGUGCUGUUCCCGUUGAGUGGCUCUGCAAACACCAGGAGCUCUUGACGGACUACAUCAACAUCUCAAAGAACACCAUCAUCAGUGGCAAAAAGCACAAGUUAGCCCUUGAGAAGCUUCAUCAUCAGCAUGACAUACUUGGAGGUCGCAAGUCCACUCAAGAUGCCGUGGACUACGUGGACGACACCAUCCGCAUGGCUUUAAGCCAUUUGCGCCAGAUGUGCCAAGUGGUUCAGAAAAAGGAUACGACGUACCGAAAAUGCAGUCCAGCGAUGCAAGAAACGUUGGAAAAGUUGCUGGUGAAAAUCGACUUUGGCCCGCAAGAAUCCUGUACGGACAUGGUCCCCUACGAUGGCGAUGCCCGUGGAGGUGACCAAGGGCAAGGUAGACCGAGUUUUUCGAGGGCAGGGAGCUCAAGGGAUGAUUUGGGCGCCUCAGGUGGCAAUGCUUUGGCGUCAGGGCCAAAUAGGAACAGUGAGGUGGAGAUCGGAGAGAAUGUGAAGUUGAGAAUCUUUGGAGAGAAGCCUGAAAGUGUUUUUGACAGGAUCUUGAGCAAGAAGCCGAGCGACGCAACAACUCCAACGAAGAAGUUGACCCAGAAGAAGAAAGAGGACACGCCCAGUCCUGGAGACCCCUUUGUCUGCAGCUUGGAGAAAUUACCUGGAGAUGAUGAUCUUUUGAAAAAGGCAGCAGAGGUGCCACCUCUUACCAAGGGUGGAAAGUCUCAGCAGCAGAGGCUAAAUUCAGCAAAAAAGAUGAAAAGGCCAGCAGCAUCCAAGCCAGGAAAGGAGGAGAAGAAGUGCAAGAAGCAGAAGACCCUUGACCACACCCAGGGUGAGGACAAGGAGGAUGAAUGCCCACCUCAGAAUGCGAAGAGGCCGGCUGCUUCCACGAAGAUGCAGAAAACAAAAAACGAUAGCGAGAAGAAAGGCAAAAAGAAGAUGGGCCCACCUUCCGACCAGCUGGACCCUAGCAAGCCAGCAGAUCGUGCGAUUUUGAGGAGAAGAGCAGAUUCAGAUGCCUGGCACAACACCUUCAAGCAAGAAUUCGCCAAGAAUGAAGAUGAGGACAAAAGCAAGGAGUUGGCAAGAGCAGCUGCAAGGAAGGCAAGAGAAGAGUUUGAUCGAAAGCAUCCAAAGCAACCAGUUCAGGCAAAGUCGAAGGCAAACAAGAAGGAGAAGGAGAUCACACCGGCAGAGGAUAUCAACGUUCAGCCUCCAGAUGUUUCACAGGAGAAGACUUCAUCGACGGGCCCACAGGACAUCGACUAA